UUAACCCCGCCCACGCUCCCAGCGCUCCGGGCUGUCGGGUCAAGCUGUGUUUUUAUCCUUUUCCUCCCUCCAGCCUCCGAAAUACCUCUUUGCCUCAACAUGUCUUAGUUUUCUAGGUCUGUGAAGUUUCUACAGGAGGUCAGUCUGUGAACUAGUUAGAUCUUUUUCUUCUUUCUUUACAAGGACGUGCGACUACAGAGAAGCAACAGGUGUUCAGUCGAUACAAACAGUUUCGUCUCCCACAGGGUGCUCUGUCAAGCAGUCCUCCUCUGUCUGUCCUCCGACUAUCACCCAGCAAUGUUGGGCGACAUUCUGCAGCGGCUAGGCACCUUGUCCCUAAGCGUCAAGCACCUUGGCCGCAUCCCCCGCCUCUCUGACCUCGUCCCUUCCUCCCUGCCGUCGCCCAGCUCCACCGUCACCGCCUCCCAGGUCCCCAGCUUGUUUCGAGAGCCUUACAUCCUGUCGGGCUACCGUCCUGUUCAUCAGAACUGGCGCUGCUACCUCCUCAGUCUCUUCCAGAGACACAAUGAAUCCAUGAACGUGUGGACUCACCUGCUGGCAGGCCCUGUGCUGCUGCUCCGCUGGUGGGCCAACGUAGGCGCCCUGGGGUACACCUUGGACGCAGCCUCUCUACCUCUGAGCCUCUUCUUGGUGUCUUCCCUCAUCUAUCUGUCCCUCAGUGUUGCAGCUCACCUCUUACAAUCUCACUCUGAAAAUGCACACUACUUCUUCUUCUUCAUGGACUAUGUGGGUGUAGCUGUGUAUCAGUAUGGUUGCUCACUUGGCCAUUAUUUCUACACGUCUGAGCCAGCGUGGAGAGAAAGCUGCAUCGGGCUGCUGUUUCUUCCUGGAGCUGCUUUCUUUGGAUGGUUCUCCUGUGCCGGCUGCUGUUUCGCCAAGUCCAGGUACAGACGGCCAUAUCCAUUGCGGCGUAAAAUUUGCCAGCUGAUCCCUACCACCCUUGCGUAUCUACUAGAUAUCAGCCCUGUAGCCCACCGCCUGUUCACUGUCUCCUGGGUACAGGAGCCCUCGAUGCCCUUCCACGCCCUCCAGAUUGCCUGUUUCCUGCUGUCUGCCCUCUUCUUCUCCUUUCCCAUCCCUGAGCGUUUCUUCCCGGGCCACUGUGACUUUGUGGGCCAAGGUCACCAGAUCUUUCACCUGUUUUUGUCCCUGUGCACGGUGUUUCAGCUGGAGGCUCUGUUCCAGGACUAUGCCAGGCGGAGGGAUACGGUGGUGGAAGUAUUUGGAGAGAGGCAGCUGUUGUGGGCCUGUGUAUCCUUCCCCGCCCUGUUUCUGUUUUGCCUUUUGACAGCACUCAUCACAAUGAGGCACAUACACAAGAAACUGCAGGGUAAACAAGAGAGAGACAAGUGACGAGUGUUUGUGUAAGAGAGUGUGUGAGAGAGAAGAAGAGAGAGAAAGGGGUUGGGUUUAAAUGUACCAAAUAAUAUUAAUAAUAAAAUAACACUAAAGCCAUCUUUAUAUGUGUUUCUGUAAUAAUCAACCUGUCUGUGAAAGAUGUGAUUACUUAAAGUAUUAGAAGAAUAAAAUAAUGUGAAAGAG